ACUCUUCAACGCAUAACAGAAGCUGAGAAGGGAGAAGAAAAGGAAACAAGGAACAAGGAUUAUAGCAAUGGCAACCAACGGAGAUGAGAAGCAAAACGAAGCUGGAAGGCACCAAGAGGUUGGCCACAAGAGCCUUUUGCAGAGUGAUGAUCUUUAUCAGUACAUUCUGGAGACCAGUGUCUACCCAAGAGAACCUGAAUCCAUGAAAGAGUUGAGAGAGUUGACAGCAAAGCACCCAUGGAACAUCAUGACAACCUCUGCAGAUGAAGGGCAAUUCUUGAACAUGCUCCUUAAGCUUAUCAAUGCCAAGAACACCAUGGAAAUUGGUGUUUACACUGGUUACUCCCUGCUUGCCACCGCCCUCGCUCUUCCUGAAGAUGGAAAGAUCUUGGCCAUGGACAUUAAUAAGGAGAAUUACGAACUGGGUCUGCCUGUAAUUAAAAAAGCUGGUGUUGCCCACAAAAUUGAUUUCAGAGAAGGCCCUGCUCUCCCAGUUCUUGAUGAAAUGGUUAAAGACGAAAAGAACCAUGGGAGCUUUGAUUUCAUCUUUGUGGAUGCCGACAAAGACAAUUACCUUAAUUACCACAAGAGGCUGAUUGAUCUUGUUAAGGUAGGAGGUGUGAUCGGGUACGACAACACCUUGUGGAACGGGUCUGUGGUGGCACCCCCUGAUGCUCCUCUUAGGAAGUAUGUUAGGUAUUACAGGGACUUCGUGUUGGAACUCAACAAGGCUUUGGCUGUGGACCCCAGGAUUGAGAUCUGCAUGCUUCCGGUUGGUGAUGGAAUCACUAUCUGCCGUCGGAUCAAGUGAUUGCCUCUUGUAGACAAUCAUGAUCCACCGUUGAUUCACCCUUUUCAUUAUUAAGUCGGAGCUAAAGCAUUUAAAAGCAAUCAAGCCUUUUCUUUUUUUUCUUUUUACAAAAUAUUUGUGUCUGUAUUAUUCUCUUAUUAUUGUUGAUAUGGAAACGGUGGAUAAUUCAAACUUCUAUAAAAUGUUAUCCAUUAAUUACUACAAGUAUUGUAAAUCUUAUUUAUUCGCA